UUUCUGACUGCGGCAUCAGAACUGGGCUGAACUUUGUGAGUGUCAACUUUCAGCAUGUCUGCUGUCUGGGUGAAACUCUCCACCAUCCUUUGCCUCUGCUACACAGCAGAGAUGACAGGAGUGCAGUGGAGAGAAGUUGGGCAAUCCAUUACAAUCCAGUGCAGAAUUGAUUCUGAUCAAGAACAACUGAGCUUAAAAAUGGGUCUCAAUGAGACCGAGAUUGUUGUAAUAGAUGGAGGCUCAAAAAAAGAAAUCAUUCUUGAAGAAAUGAAAGACCGAGUUCAGACACAUGGAACGUUCCCCAAGUAUGAUAUUCUCAUUAAAAACUUGCGUGAAAGUGACACAGGACCAUAUUCUUGUACUUAUUCAAAAACAGGAGACAUUGAACAAUCGUUCUGUAUCAGCACCACAAAAGGCAAAGGAUCUGUGCUGCUGGUGGUGACUGAAAAUAGAAAAGAACCGACAACAUCACCAUCAAAUGUUCCUCAGCAAAAAUGUGAAAGACUAGAUACGAACAUGGUGCUGGUGGCGAUUGUCAUCGCUGUUGGUGUCCUGCUCAUCAUGAUGCUGGGCUUUGUCCUGUUUAUCACACACAAGACCAAGAGCUCAGACAAUGCAAUGAAACCGAGGCGUGUUGCUACUGGCAAUGAUGUUUAUGAGGACAUGCGAGGAACACUGAGGCGCUGAGGAUGUGCUUGCAGGACGCUGACAUGCACAAAACUCACGAAACCGUGGACCACAGAGACAAGAGAA